CUGAUUGAUGCUGUGCAGAGGACAGGAAAGAUUUGGGGAAAAUUCAUUCAGAGUUGCGUGUGAUUUACAAAAAUAAAGCGGGAAUGAGUCACAGAAUCUCACAUUCAUCCAAAACUGCCGCUCGCGCGCUGACGGAUUAAACCACAUCUCUGCGUCUUGAAGCACCGCUGGAUCACAGUCCUGCCGAUUUGGUGAUCGUUUUGAAGUUUUUCCAAGGAGGACUGAAUCCAAUCAUGAACUUGUCGGAGUCUCUGUGGCUCCUGGAGGAGCCGCUGAACCUGAGCGCUGUGGAAAACGAGGAGCGGAAACUCUUAUUUGGCAUCGGCACGGAUAAUUUCAUCUCGCUGCUGGUGUUCGGACUCAUCUUCACGCUCGGCGUCCUGGGCAACUCCGUGGUGAUCACCGUUCUGGCCCGGAGCAAGCCCGGGAAGCCGCGGAGCACCACCAACAUCUUCAUCCUGAACCUGAGCAUCGCAGACCUGUCCUACCUGCUCUUCUGCAUCCCCUUCCAGUCCACCGUCUACAUCCUGCCGUCGUGGGUCCUGGGCGCGUUCAUCUGCAAGUUCAUCCACUAUUUCUUCACGGUCUCCAUGCUGGUCAGCAUCUUCACCCUCUCUGCCAUGUCCGUGGACCGCUACAUUGCCAUCGUGCACUCCAGAAAGUCGUCCUCCAUCCGGGUGGCGAAGUACGCCCUGAUCGGGGUGGUGGUGAUCUGGAUCCUCUCCCUGGCCAUGGCAGCGCCCGUCAUGCACUACCAGAACAUCUUCCACGGCGCGGAGAAUUACACGUUCUGCUGGGAAGUGUGGCCAGACCAGACCCAGAAAAAGAUCUACGUGGUGUGCACGUUUGUCUUCGGUUAUGUGCUGCCUCUGCUGCUGAUUUCCUUCUGUUACGCAAAGGUGUUAAAUCACUUGCAUAAAAAACUCAAAAAUAUGUCCAAAAAGUCAGAAGCAUCAAAGAAGAAGACAGCUCAGACAGUCCUGGUGGUGGUGGUGGUGUUCUGCCUGUCCUGGCUCCCUCACCAUGUUGUUCACCUCUGGGCUGAGUUCGGGACCUUCCCCCUCAACCAGGCCUCCUUUGUGCUACGAGUGGCCGCCCACUGCUUGGCGUACAGCAACUCAUCGGUCAACCCCGUCAUCUACGCAUUCCUGUCCGAGAACUUCAGAAAGGCUUACAAGCAGGUGUUCAAAUGCCAAACUGGUGCCAGCAACUCCCCACUUAAUGACAUCAAAGAGAUCCGCAGUAAAGCAGACACGGCACCCUCAACUAAUUGCACUAAUGUUUGACUUUCUGCUGCUGGUGCCAGGAAAAGGAGUUUUUGCCACCUGUGGUAUUGAAUCUCGCUAUGAGUCAUGGUGAAGGAGUCCUCAGACAAGGGUGGUGGGAGUUGUUGAGCUUGGCAAGCAUGGGAGACCAUAUUAUUUCAUAAAAGUUUGAGUAAAAGUACCUGGACAGGAAGCAGUUCAGCCACAGAAGCUGCAGGACACGAGUCCUUUCAGAACAAAAGCCUUUGGUUUCUGAAGCUCAGGUAAAUGGAUCGUCGUAUAUAGUUAUUUUAAAGACAAAUAUUUACAUAUCACAUCCUGGUGUAUUUACAAUGUAAGUUCAAUAGUGCAAGUGUUAAUCUAACUACUGUUGUAUUAUAUUGGCUCACAUUAUCACCCAGAGCUGUCAAAGCGUUGUGGCUGGGAAAACACUGUCACCAUGAGCUCCGAUACAGCUGUGGGUGGACAAGCUAACUGCACGUCUCCACCACAAAUGAUGCCCAAAAGAAGUUCUGGACUAUCUGUGUACAGCAAAAUGUUAAGCCUUGUCUUGAAUGUUAACAUUUAAGAUUCAGUUCACUUUUUAAGUGACACCAUAGAAGGAUCACACACUCAAAUAAGGCAUAAAACAAAACAAAAAAGAGAUGUAAAGCAGAGAACAUCUGGUGUUCAGAGAGGACAGACUCGACCCAAUGUAGGCACGCUGUUCCAUACAAAUAGAAAACUCCGUUUUUUUUUUGUCUGUCACAAUCUCAAUGUCUUUGUUUUGCUUGUUUAUAGGACCAAUAUAACUGACUGAUGUUCUCCAUCCUUUUUGGGACUCACAGACACAUGUUCUCGGGUUCUGGGAU